UCCAAAUUUAUUAUUCUAUUAUGAAUAAAAUACAUUGAGCAUCUCGUAAGAAUGGAAUUAAACAAUGAAACUAAUUUUUUGAGCUCCAAGGAUAUGAGUACGGAAGAUUUAUUAAAACUUUUAUCGAACUGUGCUGAACUGAUCGAAUUACCAAAUAAUAAUACAUAUUUCAUUCAAGACAUUGGAAGUAUGCCAGGUCUCUUCAAACCAAAUUGGGUUGUUCUAUAUAAUGUAGCAUUUGAUGUAUUCUUGGUUGGUUGUAUACUACUUGCUGGGAUUACCGGCAAUGUUUUAAGUGGAUUCGUUCUAGCACGUGACAGAUCUCACGGAACAACUAGUUUAAUAUUAACAAGUUUAGCCGUAUUUGAUACAGCAUUUCUAAUAUUAUGCUUUUUUUUCCAAUUUCUGAAAACAUUGUCAUUCUAUAUUUUAUGGUUGUCAUACAUAAACUUUUAUGCUCAUACAAGUAAAAUAUUGUAUGGAUCUGGGAUGGCGGUAAGAAUGAUGAGAAAUUGGACUGUUGUUCUAGUAUCAUUAGAGCGUUGGGUAGCUGUAUGUAAACCACUUCAUGCACCUAGUAUAUGCACACGGAAAAAAGCGCAUAUUGCUAUAACACUCAUUGUUAUAUUAUCAUCGCUUUACAAUAUUCCACAUUUUUUUAUUGUUGAUGCAAUGCCAUUAUUGUGUUACUCUAAUGAAGACAACAAAACAAAUAUUCUACAUUCUGGUUAUUAUAACUUUACGGAAUUACCUAAAGGUAUUCUCAUAUAUCAUAGUGCUAUACGGUCAUGGGUGAAUAAUAACUAUGCCUUCAGAUUAAUUUAUCGUCUAAUCAGUUAUACAAUUUUAAUUGUUAUUCUACCUAAUGUUAUCAUUGCCAUUUUUAAUGUGCUACUUAUUCGUGGAAUUAAGUUUGCGAAUCAGAGGAGAGCACAAAUUAUUGCUAGAAUAGAUUGCGCUAACAGACAGUUUGAACAAUGUAGUUAUCAUUCUCUUCACAGAGACUAUCAUCAACAUCCUCAAAAACAGCAUCCAUCACAUCAUCAUACUAUCCCAAAAUGUUGCCAUGGAGCACCAAGUUCUUCAGAUAAUCAUGCUUAUUUUGUGCGUGUUACAAAAUCUAAUCGUUCUCGUACAAUGGAAGUAAAUCGUUUAUGUGUUGGAGUAAUUAUAAUAUAUUUAGUGUGUGAAUUACCAGCUGUUGGAUACCAAAUUAUUUAUCUGAUUAAUCAUCGAAGUUUAAUCGAAAUUAUUCGUCCAGUUACAAAUGCCUUAGUAUGUUUAAAUAGUGGUGUAAACUUUUUUGUCUACGUUUUUCUUGGAAGACGAUUCCGUUCACAGUUAAAAGACUUAUUUAGAAAUUUAAUCAAUAAAUGUGGAAUACAUAGUAAUCAACGAAAAACCACCAAUCCAUCUACUCAUUAUAUGAAUUCAUGGCAUUCACGACAUGAUAUUGCAUCGAUGGAUAAAGAAAGUGAACAACUAUUAAUGAAAGAAAAUAAAUCUACAGGACAAAUAAUGAAAUCAGAUUUGAAACCAGCUACUACACGUCUCAGUUUAAGUGCAGCUUAUACACAAACUUCUGUUAUGGAAACAUAAACUGAUAAAUGUAUACGUAACUAAAUAUUGUACAGUUUCACAUAAAAUUGACAAGCAAUUAACUAUUCCAUAACAUUAAAAAUAAAGAGAGAUAAUUUGUGAUGGAAUUCAUAGAUACUAUUUUUUACAUUUCACACAAAUGAAUUACAUUAUUAAAUUAAUUAUCAUUUCAAUUUAAAUCAAUUGUACAGACAAUAAUAAUUAUUUUGAUAGGUAAACAAAAUUAACCAAUGUGUACAAAACACUUAAAGGUUUGUGUUUAAAAAACAAAACAACAACAGUUGGUAAGAUUUAAAUAUAUAUUGUUACUGACUAGGAUACUUGUAUUAAUGAUGAUAAAAUUGCUUAGAUUUUGAAAGUGUAGAAUAACAACAUUAUAGAAUAAUAAUAAUUUAUUAUAUUAUUCUGUACUUUUCACCUUGAUAUUGAAAAUGUAUAUUACUGAAUAUACUUUUUAAAAGAUCAUCAUUUUUAUUAGUAGUUUUUAUUUGGUGUUUUUUUAAUGACUAGCUGCAUUACAAAUGUAACUUAAAAUUGUCAAUAAAUUACUAAAUAUUUUUUUAUGCUUCUGUAUGCCUAAGGAAUAUUAGUGAAAGAGUUUUGAAAUUAUAUUUCUGAAUGAUGAGCGAAGAGUUUACUUUAUAAUUUUAAUGUGACGUUUAAGUAAUAAAUAUAUAUCUAUCUA